AUGGUGUCCACGCGCAACCACCCCACCACGUUCCCGCCGCCCGAGGCCUCGCCCACAAAGUCGCCGCGCAAGUCGCGCACCUCGACGCCGGCGCCCACGGCCUCCGCUUCGUCGCCCAGUCGCGCGGGCCCGAGUGCAGUCGUGGGAAGAAGCGUGCAGGAGCGCGUGGCGGAGACGGCGCAGAACGGGUUCACGGCCAUCAGUGGCGAUGGGGGGAGGGGGAAGGGCGCAUGGAGCCACACCGCGAGCAAUGUGACGCUGGCGUGGAUCGCCGUGUCGAUCCCACUUGUCAUCUGGGACUCCCUCUACAUCCUCCUCCGCCCGCACACCAUGGCCGGCGGCUUCCUCCAAUGGCCCUUCUGGAAACCCUACGAGAUCUACGCCGCCAUCGAUUACGUCUACGGGCAGCCAGGCUGGGACCUAAAAGACGGCUUUGGCGGCGGGCAGGGCGCCGUCAAUGUCAUUGAAACUAUCCUUUACGGGCUGUACAUCAUGAUAGUGUACAACCACGGCGUCAAGGCCGCGGGCGGAAGCGGCGUGCAGAUUGGGAGUGGGGUCAAGGGCUGGGCGAGCGGUGGUGUGAGGGUCAGGGGGAUUAAGGGGAAUACCGCGCUUAUCAUAGGGUUUACGGCGAGUGUGAUGACCUUGAGCAAGACGAUACUGUACUACUUGGUCGAGUACUACACCGGGUUCAAGAACACGGCGCACAACGACUGGUUCACGCUGUUUCUGUUCUACGGCGUUAUGAACGGCCUCUGGGUCAUUUUCCCAGCGUACAUGACCGUAACCUUUGGCUCGGACAUCCUCGCGGGCUUGGACGCCGCGGUACAGGAUGAGAAGAAGCAAAACUGA